CGAGAAGAAGAUGGACACGCCUCAGAGUCUGGCUGCUGUUCUCGUUGGUUAUACCUCACUCAUUCAGGCCGCAUCAUCGGCGUAAUGGAAAACCAACCUAAAGAACCACAGCAAGACAUUCCCAGCAAGUCGGCCCUGCCCGCAACCUCGCUGUCGUCACUAGUGGCGAGUGGCUCCAACAGCCCCGCUCCCUCGGCGCGUCGUACGCGCCGGCAGCGGCGUCCGCCAGUCAUCUCGCUCACCGUGGGCGGCGUCCUGUCCGGAGUCUUCGUGAGCGCCGUGCUGGCCAUGCUGUUCUUGCAGCCGGCAGAAAGGAUGCAGAAGGAAUCGACGGUCGCACAGUCACCGGACGGAUGCCUCACGAUUGACUGCCGCUUCGUCGCCGACGAGUUGCUUCAAGCGAUGAACCAGAGUGCACAACCGUGCGACGACUUUUACGAGUACAUGUGCGGCAACUACAGUGGCCCCGAGGCGAACAUGUUCUCGGCGGUGGAGGAGACUAUCCGGAGUACUCUGAAGGCACUGCUCAAGUCCACGAAAGUCCCCGAAACUAUGCAGGACGCCUGGGAAAAAGCAGCCGGCAUGUUUCAGUCUUGCAUGGAUCUUGACGUGACUCGGAACACUCAGAUGGCUGAUCUUCGGCAAUGGCUGGCUUCUCAGAGGCUCGACUUCUUCAACAUCACCGAGAACCGUUCGUACGAUGUCGUGGACGCGCUGGUGAUGUUUUCUCUGCAGUAUCACCUGCCAGCGUUGUUGGCCUUGAAAGUCGACAGGAUGCGCUUCUUCCACAAGAAGCGCGCUAUAUCGUUCACUCUUCAUGAGGGCGACAUCAAGUGGUACACGCAUUACCACAUAGCCAAUGGAACCAACCAAACGGGACGACGCAGCAGUUACGAAGCUCAUUUAAAUCACUACGGCCUGCGUGGCGACGCGCUUAAAGCCAUGUACCGCUCACUCGAGAAAUACGGCACCCAAGUCGCCGUCGCCCUGGACCACUAUGCGGAGCAGCCAGCCACGUUCGCUGCAGUCACAAUCGCUGGUCUUGGAAAUCUGACGGUGGGCCACAUCGAUUCAGGGCGAUGGGUGUCCAUUUUCGAGCGGUACACGGGAGGCAUCUACCAUGGCCAAGACUAUAUCCAGGUUGUGCCGUCGGCACCGGCUCUCCUUGUGGCACUGCUAUCGUCUCCGGCCAUAGGGGCGCAUGGAUUGCGCUGCCUGCUUGCCUGGAGUGUCCUGCGCUGGGUGGGAGACCUCGUGGACACUGCUUCAGCAGCUGCAGACGCACACAGCAGGCCAUUCGAUAAUGUUUGCUACGACCACGUUCUCUUGGUCAUGGAACCUGUGCUCAUGAGGAAGUACGACGACAUCAAUGCGAACACAGGAGCAGCUUUCCGAGCUCGUGACAUGAUUGGCAACAUCAAGGCGGCGUUCAAGCGGUUUCUUUUCGCAUUCAAGUGGAUGGGAGACGAAGUUCAGAAUCUGAUGGAGCAUAAGCUUGCCGACAUGGCUGUGCUCGUUGGAUACCCGGACAACACUCCUGAUGCACACGGACUGAACGACUACUACGACGAGCUGGACGACUCGACACCGUCACGAUUUUUUCACGACUGGCGCAAGGCCCUCGAGCUCUACUCAAGGCGCCUCGUCCGCGAUCAGGUGCACAUGCUGUUCGUGUCAAUGAAGACACGCGUCUCCUACUCUCCCUCCGCCAACGCCAUUAUUGUACCUGCGGCGAGCUUGCAGCCUGGUCUCUUCUUCCAACAGGGUCCCGCCUCCGUAAACUAUGGAGGACUCGGCACAGUCGUCGCUCGUGAAAUGACGCAAAUUAUGCACAUGCAAGCUUUGACACUUGAACAGCCGACGGCUGUCAAGUGGAAUGGCAGCGACACGGCCAAGCACUAUGCCUCCAGCGCUCGCUGCCUGCUGAGGUCUCAAAAAGAGGCGCAGCAUCACUUCCACACCGAAUCGUCGAUCGAGUCGCCCGAUUCCGCGAUCCUGGCAGAUUUCGUGGGGUUGCUGGCGGCGUACGCGGCUUUCAUGGAUCUGCCGAAGGAGGAGCGCUCUGUGAGGCUGCAUAGGAGCCCCCUCGGCUCCGACCAGACCUUUUACGCUUUUCACUGCGCCAAGCUGUGCGAGCUGAACGACAACGCGAGCAGUCAGUCACGACAGGCGACUGCCCGGCUGCGAUGCAUGGUUCCACUGAUGAACUCGGAGGCGUUCGCUGAAGCCUUCGAUUGCCCAGCCUCGUCACCCAUGAACCCUUCAAAAAAGUGCUCUAUUUGGUGAAUAAAUUUAACGUCUUUUCUCA